AUGGCUAAGGCUGUAGCACUCAUCACCUCUGCCUUCUGCCUCUUGGCCCUGUCUGGAUUUGCCCAUGCCGCUGGCAAGAAAAAAGAUAGCAAGUUCACCGUCGAAGGCAAGGUUUACUGUGACCCAUGCCGCGUCCAAUUCGUCACCAAGUUGAGUCAAUUCCUCGAAGGUGAAGAUGUGGUCCUGCUAUGCAAAAAUGAGGAGACUGGAAACGUGACAUACUCCAUUAACGGAAAAUCUAGCAAAGAUGGAAGCUAUAGUCUAAAGGCAGAAGGAGAUCACGGUGACGAGGUUUGUGAGGUGAAGGUGGCGACGAGCCCCCAACCUGACACCUGCGGUGAAGCCAUGGAUGAAACAGCCCCGGUCACCCUCACAGACAAUGGCAUGUCUAAUGACAUUCGCUAUGCCAACUAUAUCGGCUUCAUGAAGAAGGAUCCCGAUGCCGAGUGCCCUAAAGCGCUCGAGGAGUUGGUUAUCUACCCCGAUGAUCCUGACGAGGAUGUAGCUCCUGAAGAACCUGCUAAUUAA